AUGAGCACCGAGUUUCAAGGCGAAAAGGCACUUUUAUCAACAAUUUCGAUUCCAAGUGGUGUCUUAUUUUACGGCCCCCCUGGUUGUGGCAAAACCAUGGCCGCAUUAUGCUUGGGGUCCUCGCUAUCUCUCCCUAUGAUAAACGUACGAGCUGCCAACGUCUUGGACAAAUGGCUGGGCGGAUCAGAGGCGGCCAUUCGUUCCCUGUUUAGUCGUGCUCGUUCGGCUGCACCGUGUAUCCUGUUCUUUGACGAAAUUGAUGCCAUUGCAAGCAACCGAGGCACGGAUGGCGAGUCUGUUGAUGUCAUGUCGCGCUUGUUGUCAACACUGUUGAAUGAGCUGGAUGGUGUCAACAGUGAGGGGCAAGCAAAUGUGCUGGUAGUGGCGUGUACAAAUCGAAUCGACGAUUUGGAUGCUGCUCUCAUACGACCUGGGAGGUUGGCAGAGCACAUCUGUCUGCAGCCACCUGAUGAAAACGACGCACGCGAGAUUUUG